UACGAACCAAGCCUUAGCCAGUGCAGUCCAGUAUUGAAUGAACCGAACUGUGAUAUAGACAACCAUAAACAUGAAGAUUUUAAUGAGAGCAGACACGCAUUAUAGCAUAGGCGUUAGAAGCAGCGACUACGAGGAACCAAAAUAUACUUUUACACAGGUGUUAGCGGCAAUAGCUGUUUCUAUGGGUUCCAUGAUAAUUGGUUUUUCCUCCGCAUACACAUCGCCGGCUUUGGUCACUAUGGAAAACAGCACUACGAUAUCAAUAUCAAAAGAAGAAGCAAGCUGGGUGGGCAGUUUGAUGCCCCUGGCUGCGCUUGCAGGCGGAAUCGUGGGCGGACCUCUCGUUGAUUAUAUUGGAAGACGUAGGACAAUUUUAUUUACUGCUCCACCUUUUUUUAUUGGAUGGAUUCUUAUAGCCAGUGCAAACAUUGUGCAUUUAAUAUUAGCGGGUCGUGUGGUAUGCGGCCUAUGUGUUGGCGUUGGAUCGUUAGCUUUCCCUGUAUAUCUCGGGGAAACGAUUCAACCAGAAGUUAGAGGAACAUUGGGACUUUUUCCUACGGCUAUCGGUAACAUAGGUAUUUUGAUUUGCUAUCUUGCCGGUAAAUAUCUCGAUUGGUCUCAACUUGCUUACCUGGGUGCCGCCUUGCCUAUACCGUUUUUCCUUCUAAUGUUUAUGAUCCCGGAGACUCCACAAUGGUAUAUAUCUCGUGGACGUAAUGAAGAUGCCCGCAAAGUUUUACAAUGGCUCCGUGGGAAAAAUACUAAAAUUGAUAACGAAAUGCGCGACAUAGCUUUAAUAAAUGCAGAAACUGAAGCAAGUGAGUCAGGCAUAAAAGACCUAUUUAAUAUGAAAUACAUGAAAUCAAUUUUAAUUUGUUUAGGCCUUAUGACUUUCCAACAGUUGUCUGGAAUAAAUGCCGUUAUAUUUUAUACUGUAUCUAUAUUUAAGAUGUCAGGAAGUACAAUAGAUGAGAAUUUAUCAACGAUAAUAGUUGGAAUUGUUAACUUUGCAUCCACAUUUGUAGCUACGGCACUUAUUGAUAGAGCAGGAAGAAAAAUUUUAUUGUAUAUUUCAUCCGUUACUAUGACUGUUACUUUAGUCGUAUUAGGAACUUUUUUUUAUGUUCAGAAUAAUAUGAAAUUAGAUGUCUCCUCUUUGGGAUGGUUGCCUUUGACGUGUUUAAUGGUUUAUUUAUUAGGAUUUUCAUUGGCGUUUGGUCCUAUACCGUGGCUUAUGAUGGGAGAAAUAUUACCAGCAAAAAUAAGAGGAGCUGCUGCCUCAAUAUGUACUGCUUUUAACUGGUUAUGUACAUUCACAGUAACAAAAACGUUUCAAAAUAUUCUUGACGGGAUUGGUCCAGCCGGUACAUUUUGGCUUUUUGGUUGCAUUUGUUUUGCUGGGUUAUUUUUUGUCAUAGUGUGUGUACCUGAAACUCGUGGUAAGAGUCUUGAACAGAUAGAAAAUAAAAUGCUGGGUAAACCAAGUACCAGAACACGUAGGUUGAGUUCUAUAGCAAAUAUUAAACCAUUGCCAAAUGGAUGUUAAUUUAAACAACUCGAAAUUAAAAAAACACAAAUUCUGAAGUACAUAGAGCUCAAAGAAGAUUCAUGAAAUGUUGAGAUUAAAAUGUGUUAUUUAAUAGUACCAUAAUAUAAUAGAAUAUUAGUCAUAGAAAUAAUAUAUUCUAUUUUUGUUUAAGUUGCAUUGCGUAAUAAAUUAUCUCAGCUCAUUUUCAUUGAUCAGUUGAUUAAAAAUA